AUGAAGACCGUCGCCACCAUCGCCGCCUUGGCCGCCAUGGCCAACGCCCACGCCACUUUCCAACAGCUCUGGAAGAAUGGAAAGGAUCUCGAGAGCACCUGCGCCAGGCUGCCUUCUACCAACAGCCCCAUCGAGGACUACACCAGCAAGGCUCUUCAGUGCAACGUCAACCCUGCUGCCGCAAAGGGAAAGUGUGCUUUUGCAGCUGGUGACACAGUCACCAUUGAAAUGCACCAGCAAUUCAGCAGCCGUGACUGCAAGACCGAGGCCAUUGGUGGUGCUCACUGGGGACCCGUCCUUGCAUACUUGUCCAAGGUUGAGGAUGCCGCCACUGCCGAUGGCUCCAGCGAGUUCUUCAAGAUCUACGAGAACACUUGGGCCAAGAACCCAGCCGCGUCUCAGGGAGACAACGACUUCUGGGGUACCAAGGACCUCAACUACAACUGCGGAAAGCUCGACUUCACCAUCCCCAAGGACCUCGCCGCUGGUGACUACCUCCUCCGUGCUGAGGCUAUUGCGCUCCACGCCGCUGGGCCUGCUGGUGGUGCUCAGCACUACGUCACUUGCUACCAGCUUACUGUUACUGGUAGCGGUACUCUCGCGCCCAAGGGUGUCACAUUCCCUGAGGCCUACAGCAAGACUGGCCCGGGUCUUGGCUUCUCUAUCCACGCCAACCUCGACUCUUACCCUGCCCCUGGUCCUAAGCUGAUUGCUGGCGGCACCAAGGCCACGCCCUCGCUCCUGACCUUUGGCACCCUCUCUGGCGCUCCUGCUCCUGAGGCUGAUUCUCCUGCUGAUGAGACUCCUGUCGCUUCUGCUUCGUCUGCCGCCGCUUCUACCCCUGCCGCCUCUUCCGCUCCUGCUGCCACUCCUAGCAGCCCCACUGAGGAUGCUGAGCCGUCUGAAUACUACCAGUGUGGUGGCAUGAACUACAGGGGUGCUACUCAAUGUGCCGAGGGUCUUGAGUGCAAGCAGUGGAACCCCUACUACUUCCAGUGCAUCAAGUCUUCAUCCAGCAACGGUUCUCAGCCUCCCCCAUACAACAACGCUCCUUCCACUGGAGCUCCCUCCAACAAUGCUCCCUCCACUGGCGCUCCUUCAACCGGUGCUCCCACUGAGGGCUCUCCUGAAUCCGGUGCUCCCGACUAUGAUGCUCCCUCCGACAACACUCCCUCUGACAACACUCCCUCUACCGGCGCCCCCUCUGACAAUGCUCCCUCCACCGGUGCUCCCUCAAACGGCGCCCCAUCUAACAACGGCCCCUCCAACAACACCCCAGCCCCAAAGCCCGAGCCUACCAACGUCAACCCCGAAGCCGCUCCUUCCGCAGCUCCCGCCGCCGGCGCUGGCGAGAAGAAGUACACCCUCGAGACCUUCAUUGCCUUCCUUGAGGAGGAGGCCGGUGCCGAGAAGGCGGCCAAGAUCCGUCGUAUGAUUGAGGCUCUUCUCUAA